GAGGGAAAGAGAGCGAACUAAAAACGCAACAAUCAAGAAGCAACAAAAGUCAACCUAUCAUAAUGUCGUCAGGACGGCGAAAACUUGCCAAGGCGCUUCGCGAAGACAGCGACGGCGAAGAUGGCGUGCCCACAGCAGGUCACAGCCCCGCCUCUCAGCACCAAAGCCUCGGAUCGGAACUACUAAAUGAUGAGGAGUUCAAGUCCAGGACGUUCAAAGACCUCGGUCUGUGCCGUGAGCUGUGUAUGGCAUGCGCCGACGCCGGCUGGGAGCACCCCACGCGUAUCCAGGCGUCCACCAUUCCUGUGGUGGCGGAGGGCCGUGAUCUGAUCGGCGUGGCACAGACCGGCAGCGGCAAGACCGGCGCGUACGUGCUGCCCCUCGUGAACUGGCUGCUGACGCAGCCCAAGACGCCGUACCUCUCCGUGCUCGUCAUGGUGCCCACGCGCGAGCUGGCGCAGCAGGUGACGGCGCAGUUUAUCAUGCUGGGCCGCAGCGUGGGACUGCGCGUGGCGACGCUGGUGGGCGGCACGAACAUGGUGGAGCAGGCGUGCGAACUGAGCAAGCGCCCCCACGUCGUGGUCGGCACACCCGGCCGUGUGAAGGAUCACCUGAGCAACACCAAGGGGUUUAAGCUGGUGAAGCUGCAUGCCCUCGUGCUGGACGAGGCGGAUAAGAUGCUGGACAUGGACUACGAGAAGGAGAUCGACGCGAUUCUCGAGCAGUUGCCACACGACCGCCGCACCAUGCUGUUUUCCGCCACGUUGAGCACCAAGAUCGACCGUCUGCAGAAGGCCUCGUUGCGUGACCCUGUACUGCUGCAGGUACACCGCAAGAACACCACUGUCGACACACUAAAGCAGUACUACAUCUUCGCCCCCUUUGCGCAGAUGCUCUCCUAUCUGCAUCUGUUUCUUACGAAGGAGACGGGUAACCACAUCUUGAUUUUCUGCCGCAGCGCCGCGCUGGUGCACAAGAUCACCUUAGCGCUGCGCACCCUUGGACAUCGUGCGCUGCCGUUGAUGGGUCGCAUGGAUCAAACCAACCGCAACGUGGCGCUCACGAAGUUCAAGGAGGGCAAGGUGCGGAUGCUCGUCUGCACGGAUGUGGCGCAGCGUGGGCUGGACAUUCCGCACACCGAUGUCGUCGUUAACUUCUCGCUCCCCGACCACGUAGAGGACUACAUUCAUCGCGUCGGCCGUACCGCGCGCGCCGGGGCAGAGGGAAAGGCCGUCAACAUCAUUAGCCAGUACGACAUCGUCCUCUUGCAGAAGAUCGAGCAGCAAACGGAGGUGAAGUGUGCCGAGUAUCCGUCGCUGUCCGACAGUGAGGUGCAGACGGUGCUGCAGCGGGUCGAGGACGCGGAGCAGGAGGCACUGCGCGAGAUCCGGGAGGACGCGGAGGAGAAGAACUUAGAAAAGGAGUCGCGCCAGCUGACCACAGCACACAAGGGCAAGCGCGAUCGCGGGGAUGCGGAUAUGGGCUAUGACGAUGCGAGGCACGGCACGAGAGACUUCGCCACGCUGCGUGUACGCCGCGAGCACGAGUCCAUCUUUGAGAUGACAAAGAAGGAGCAGCACUCGUCUCUCUGGGCGAAGCGGCGUGAGGCGAGAAAGCAGAGCAACUCGCGACACUGA